GUUGCCAUUCCGCAUUGUUAGUGAUUGGUUCUCCGCGGCUCUUAGUUCCCAGAGUUGUUUUUUUUUUAAAUUUGGAUUAUCAGCUUUUCCAAAUAGAUUAAUUUAUUAUUAAUCAUUUAAAAAUGUCAGUGCUUUCAAUAUGGGAUUACGUUAUAUUAAUAGUAGUGUUGGUUAUAUCCGCCGGAAUUGGAUUGUACUACCGUCUUACCGGUGGCAAACAAAAAACCACACAAGAGUACCUUUUGGCCGAUAGAAAUAUGAGCAUUUUCCCUAUUGCAUUCAGUUUAAUGCAAAGUUUUAUGUCAGCUAUAACACUUCUGGGUGUCUCUAUGGAGAAUUAUCAAUAUGGCACGAUGUUUGUUAUCAUUAAUUUCUCCUAUAUAUUGACAACUCCUAUCGCCGCGAAUUUAUUUCUACCAGUAUUUUAUCGUCUCGAAACUGCCAGUGUGUAUGAGUACCUGGAAAAACGUUUUGGAUAUGCUACACGACUUGCCGCCUCAUUGGCAUUCUCUGUGCAAAUGAUUUUAUACAUGGGAAUUGUUUUGUACGCUCCUGCUUUGGCAUUAGAAGCCGUCACAGGACUGGAUAAAGUAAUUGCAAUAGUAGCAAUUGGAGUUGUUUGUACUUUUUAUUCGACGAUUGGAGGAAUGAAGGCAGUUAUCAUCACCGAUGUGUUUCAAUCUCUUCUAAUGUACAUGGCAAUAUUUAGUGUUAUCAUUUGUGCAACAAUUUUGGCUGGCGAUUGGAGUACAAUUUGGUCUGUUGCUCAGGAAGGUGGAAGAAUAAAUUUUUCCGACGUAAGCAUUGAUCCUACCACACGUACCACAUGGUGGACGCAACUUAUUGGAGGAGGAUUCACUUAUUUGUCCCUGUAUGGGGUCAAUCAAACUCAAAUUCAACGUCUGAUGUCGGUGAAAAAUCUUAGAUCAGCCCAAUUAUCUCUUUGGUGGACUUUACCUAUCCUUUGUUUGCUAAGUCUUUCUACUUCAUUCUCUGGAUUGUGUAUAUACUAUUACUAUCGAUCUUGUGACCCUCUGCUUGAAGGACGUAUAAACUCUCGGGAUCAACUACUGCCAUUAUUUGUUGUAGACAGUAUGGGUCAUUUGCCUGGCUUGGCCGGGCUCUUCGUUUCCGGUAUAUUCUGUGCAAGUCUUUCCACAAUUUCCUCAGCGAUCAACUCUUUGUCUGCUGUUACUUUGGAGGAUUAUGUUGGACAAAUCUACAAGUGUCUUGGAAAGGAACCUCUAUCUGAUAAAAAACGCACCUUUCUUACUAAAUCCAUCGCAUUUGUAUACGGAUUACUUUGCAUUGGUUUGGCGUUUGCAGUCCAAGCUCUUGGUGGUGUUCUUCAAGCAUCUCUGACAAUAUUUGGAGUUGUGGGAGGACCUCUCUUAGGUCUUUUUACACUCGGCAUGUUUACCAAGCGAGCCAACCAGAAAGGAUGCAUAGCCGGUCUUAUAUUAGGACUCUUAUUUGGCUUUUGGAUAGGAUUUGGACAACCAAAGCCGGCUCCACCUCAACUACCUAUGUCCAUUGUAGGAUGCUCCAUCUACAAAGAUUCAUCACCUAACUCUUUAUUACUGGAAUUAAUGAAACCCAGGGCGGAAGACAGUGAUUAUUUUUAUCUAUAUCGAUUGUCAUACAUGUGGUACUCUGUACUAGGAUUUGCAGCUACAUUCAUCUGCGGAUAUAUUUUAAGCUUUGUUUGUGAACUACUCAAACUUGAUGACAAUCGAUUGAUAUACACCGAUAAAGAGCGAACUCAAUACAACUGUGAUCUAUUUAUAACACCAAUUGCAAAACAAUUGCGAUCAAGAAAUAUUAAUAAUUCGAAAGUGAAUGGCGGAGAUCGAAAUCAAUAACAACAAAUGAAAAAAAAAAAAAAAAAACUAAUUAAAUGAUGCAAUGAUGACUGAGCGUAAUUUAAAU